AUGAUUUCGCGUCUUCUUGCCACAAGCAGUUUUACUGCUACACUGGCUUCUGCUCUGCCGGGACUAGUACACGCCCCUCAUUCAAGCGCACUGCUGGCUCGUUCCUCCUGUAGCGGCAAUACGGCGUCAACCCGGUCCCAAUGGUGCGACUACUCCAUCGACACCGACUAUACGACAGAGCCCGUUGACACGGGCGUCACUCGAGAGUACUGGCUUGAGUUAACGGACGUAACCGUGUCACCGGACGGGGUGUCGCGGUCAGCAAUGGCUGUCAAUGGCUCCAUCCCCGGUCCAACCAUCUUCGCUGACUGGGGUGAUACCGUCGUCGUUCACGUCACCAACUCGUUAUCCACUUCUCUGAACGGCACAAGCAUCCACUGGCAUGGAAUCCGCCAAAAUUACACCAACCAGAAUGACGGUGUUGCCUCCAUUACGCAGUGUCCUCUGGUGGUUGGCGAAUCAACCACCUACACCUGGAAAGCAACACAAUAUGGCUCGUCUUGGUACCAUUCUCACUUCAGCCUUCAAGCGUGGGAAGGCGUCUUUGGUGGGAUCAUCAUCAAUGGCCCUUCUACCGCUAACUACGACGAGGAUCUUGGCAUGCUUUUCCUCAACGAUUGGGAUCACCAAACUGUCGAUGAGCUCUAUUCCAGUGCUGAAACGUCUGGGCCACCCACCUUGGCCAACGGUCUCAUUAACGGUACCAACGUGUACGGGGAAGAUGGUGAUUCAUCCCAGACCGGAACAAGAUUGGCUGUCUCAUUCACGUCUGGCACCUCAUACCGCAUGCGGCUGGUGAAUGCCGCCGUCGACACGCAUUGGAGAUUCUCCAUCGACAACCACACUAUGACUGUAAUGGCAGCUGAUCUCGUUCCAAUUGUGCCAUAUGAAACGACGGUUAUCACAAUUGGGAUGGGACAAAGAUACGACAUAGUCGUCACGGCAGAUCAAGCUGAUGUCGCGGAUAACUUCUGGAUGAGGGCUAUUCCACAGUCAGCAUGCUCUGACAACGACAGCACCGAAAAUAUCAAAGGGAUCGUCUACUACGGUGAUAGUCCCGGCACCCCUUCGACAACUGGUUACGACUUCAAGGACGCCUGCGACGAUGAGACGGCCAACAUCACCCCUUACAUUUCCAAGACGGUUUCUUCGGCACAGUGGAAUGACUUGGAAACCGCCUCAGUCUCUAGGAACUCGGCUGGCCUCUUCAAAUGGUAUCUCAACAGCACGACCAUGCUAGUUGACUGGGCCAAACCCACUCUGGAAAUGGUGACGGAUAACAUCACCGAAUACGAGUCGGAUGACGCCAUCAUUGAGCUGAAUGAAGCCAACCAGUGGGUGUACAUGGUGGUUCAAACAACGCUGCAGGUUCCGCACCCAAUCCAUCUGCACGGUCACGAUUUCUUCAUUCUCGCCCAAGGUUCAGGGACAUACGACUCGUCGACAGUAACACUGGAGACCGAUAACCCACCCAGACGCGAUACGGCCAUGCUGCCAUCGCAGGGAUAUUUGGUCAUGGCCUGGGAGACGGACAACCCUGGUGUAUGGCUGAUGCACUGUCACAUCGGUUGGCAUACCUCAGAGGGCUUCGCCCUCCAGUUCAUUGAGCGGAAGAGCGAGAUCGCGUCGAUCGUCAGUACGUCAACUCUGGAAGACAUUUGCACUAAGUGGGAGGAGUUUCAAGGGGAUUAUUCAAUUGAACAAGAAGACUCUGGUGUAUGA